AUGUUCUUUGGAAAAGUGCAAAGCAAAUCGUCUGGUAUGCAUCAUGCUGCCCUAUAUAGAGUUUUCCUCGUUACCCUGGGGAGUUUGACCUACGCAUAUGCAUCCAGCAUCAUCGGCACCACCCUUGCUCAGCCGUCGUUUAUUCAAUACUUCGCCCUGGACCAAAGGUCUAACGCUGCUGAGCUUGCAGGUGCUAACAAUGGAGUCUUUCAAGCAGGUGGUUUUAUUGGUGCUCUAGCUUGUAUCCCUGUUGCGGACAAUUAUGGCAGACGAGUAGGGCUCUUUGUGGCCUCAGUGUUCGCAGUUAUUGGUGGUGCUCUACAAGCUGGAAGCGUCCACAUCGCCAUGUACAUUGCAAUGAGGGUGAUUUCUGGGGUUGGUGUCGGGGCAUUAAUCACCCUUACACCACUAUAUCUAGCCGAAGUGGCCGCUGCAGAGAUUCGAGGCCUCGUUGUUGGUACGACCGGCAUUAUGAUUGGAAUCGGUUAUGCGAGUGCCAGCUGGAUCGGAUUUGGAUUUUACUUCGUUAAUGCUUCUGGCACCCAAUGGCGCAUUCCAACUGUCAUCCAGUGCAUCCCGCCUCUCAUACUCGCCAUCACAAUAUGGCGAUUGCCUGAAUCUCCCCGCUGGCUUCUGCUCAACGAUCAAACUGAGGAAGCUUCCAAGAUGUUUCGCAAAGCCCGCUCGGCAUCACGCGAAUCGGAGGGCCAAGCCGCCGUGGAUAAUGAAUUUCACCGAUUGCACGCACAAAUCCUUCAAGAGAAGCAUAACUCUGUAAAGUUCAAAGAGCUCUUCACCAAGCCGACCUUGCGAAAGCGCACAAUUCUGGGCUUCUUGACUCUUUUCGGCUGUCAGGCCGCUGGUACCCAGGUCAUCAACAACUAUGGACCUUCCCUCUACGCUGAUCUUGGCUACGGUACCACUGAUACGCUACUAAUCCAGAGUGGGUGGAUCACAACGAUCAUCUUUGGAAACACCCUCAACACGAUUCUGUUGGAUAAGUUUGGUAGAAAGCCAUUGUUUCUUUUUGGCUUCGUCGGAUGCGUCGUAUCUCUGAUUGGGGAAUGUGCUUCAGUGGCGCGAUACCAACAAACUGGGGGUCACUCGUCGGCAGUGGCAGCUGUUUUCUUCCUCUUCCUUGAGGUAGCAGUGUUCUCUUCGACACUCGAUGCGACGUCCUACGUCUACCCUUCCGAGAUAUUUCCUACUCCAGUCCGCGCGAAGGGUAUGGCUGUAUCAGUGGCUGGAUUGUUUCUCGGCUCGAUCUUGAUUCUGGUAGCCGCGCCGACAGCAUUCGCAACAAUUCGAUGGAAAUAUUUCCUCGUCUUUGUCAGUGCUAGCACUGUCAUGAUUGCUGUUGUGUACUUCCUCUUCCUUGAGAUUCAACAGACCAACCAAAAAUCUCUUGAACAGAUAUCUGAGAUGUUUGGGGACUAUGCUACGACCACCACCGAUGCAGAGACAGCAAGUAUAUCAGUAGAUCAGAAGAAACAUACAGGAUUAGAGGUUGAGGAAAGUAUCAAGGUGGAUGUCCGGAUUACAGGAGGGAAAAAGAUGAUGUGA